GGUUUGAGGUAAACUCCUACUUCCUAACCUAGUGCCAGAAGUCAUCAGCACUUUGAAGAUGUUCUUCGACAGGCUGCACCACUGGCACCACACAAAGUCAGUUUGACGCGUUAAUAGAGUACGCGCUUGCAGUUCGGAUGGAGGCGUGCAAUCUGAAGGCCCAUCUCAACAAUCCAAUGCUGGUCAAGGAGCUGGUUGAUAAGCUUUUAAGAACACAAGUUAAACUUGGCAAUGCAUCUCCGCGACGAUAGGGUGGCAGUCAAAGCAUUCAGUGAUUGGCUGCCCCAAACGGGCGAGUUAACUCCCACAACAGUCGCCGCCCGGACAAGGGAGAGGCAGAUGAGCCUGGACCAUCAUGAGGACAAACACGAGCAAACAGCAAAUUCAAUUGAGGUGCGUAGCUUGCGGCGACACGAGUCACAGACCAGCUCAACGCCAGGUAUUCUUGAACCUUGACGCGGAGCUCAGGGGGAGGCACUCAGAGCGGGUAAAGCCUGUUUCUGCUACCUCAAGUUACACCGGAACAGAUGCCGAACCGGGAACUGUGGAAUUAAUAGCAAUCGUCCAAGACAGACCACAAAGUCACGUGAGUACGCAUCGAGACGUCAACAACGGAAGUCAGUUCUUUCGCAUCAUUCCAGUCAAGCUGCAUUACGGCAGCAGGCAGACCGAAAUCUACGCCUUUCUAAAUGAAGGAUCAUUCGUGACCUUAGCAGACGCAUCCGUAUUCCAAAGACUGGAAAGACAAGGCCAGGCCAAACUCGAUUCGAGAGUUGAAUGAACUCCGACAAGGUUUACUGGUUGAAAAACGUCCAGACUGUUCAGAACCUAGCAUUACCGAGACAGAUAGUCAAUAUGAAAGAGCUAUGCGACAGAUUCCAAAUGAUCCCAAAUGACUUUUGGGAUUAGCUGCGCGCCGUUCAUAGCGCACUUUGUUCGAGUCAAGAAUGCGGAAACCCACCAAGAAAAUUUCCCACUGGACUUAAACGCCAUCCAAGAUUAAUCAUCCUAUUAAAUAGUUUACAAACUACCUCUAUAGCGCAUUUUGGAAUUCAAUGAACAUCUUUGGCGUCAGUAAGUCAUCUCCGGGCGCCGUUUUUGGUUUUAGCCCUUUUAUGACUUUUUCAAUUUCGUUUGGCCGGAAUAAAGGUGUGGUUUGCAGAGGGGUAGCGUCUAGCUGAAUUAGUUCCAGGAGGAAUAAAUUCGAGGCAGGGUUUGCCUUUCUUCGUCGCUGCACAGCAUCCCGAAGAGUUUCUGUGCAAGAGCCUGGUCGAGUGAUCGGGUUGCUUCCUUAAUCUGCUGAUCUUAUGUUUUGUCAAUCACGACAA